AUGCAUAAUAAAUUAAAUCAUGCAUGUGUUUCAUACUUAAAUUCAGUGAGAGCAAAUAUAUUUGUAGAAGGAUUUUUAUUUAAUGAGUUAUUGUUUAAUCCAACUAAACAUGAAUUAGUUCCACAUCAUAAAAUUAUGAAUCAAUUGGAAAUAACUGAGUUACUUAAAAAACACAGCUGUACAUUAGAAAAUCUCCCUAAAAUUCUAUCAACUGAUAUCAUAACAAGAUAUUUGGGUGCAAAAGUUAAUGAUGUUAUUUCAAUUCAAAGACAAUCUAAAACAGCCAAAACAUCAAUUUAUUACAGGGUUGUUAAAAAUUCUUAA